GUUUUGCAGCGACUUAACCAGACCACAGCGGUCAUUCUAGAGUAGUACUGGAUUUAUAAACACCAGCAUUAACACGUUGCUGUGCAUUUCAAUCGAAAUCUUGUUAUUCUGAUCAUUUAUUUCGUCUUUAAGCAUACCGCGACAGUAUCAUUUAGGCAGAUUGUUUGAGUGGUUCAUCACAUCUCGAGUUGUAGGGGAAUGUGGAUUUUAUUGACUUGGGAAGCUCUCCUUGAAGAAAAGAUGCAGUUUCUUGCAAUAUGCAUAAGGCAUCAUAAAUAUUUCCACGACUAUUAAAUAUUGAUUAAAGAUUUCAUUUUAGUUUCAAAGGAAGCUCAUGCUGCUAAAUAUGUAUUUUCUAAAUGUUGAACGGUGAUAUUUAUUUUCGAAUGCAAAACAUCAAAGCUCAGACUAGUGCAGAAAAAGAGAGAGAGAGACCCGGUUGAAAAUGUAAGAGGAUUUGAUUUUGCAGCCAGUGAAAAGAGAUUAAGCCGACAGCAGUGGAAGUUAAAUUGUGCUGCAUAUAAAAAAAUGGGCGGAUUGGUUUUUAGAUGAGAGAUUGGUACCACCUUCUAUUCCAAAAUAAAAUCUCCUUGGCAUGAAGUCACAGCCUAUUUCACAUCCGGUUUACCCAGCGACGUAUUACUAUUGUCUAGGUAAAGAAACAGCUUGAUUUAGCUGCAAUCUCAGUAUUUCGAGUAGAUUUUGCGGGUAGAUGUCCAAAUUACAGGGACCGGGAAGAGUUUAACUCCCCAGACCGAGGAAUAGUGAGCUCGACCUGCGCAAACUGAGCAUCAUCAAACGCUGACUCUCGAGCCUCCAGCUAAAAUCCAGCAGAUCAGAUAUCUAUGAGGAAUUUUCUCAUCGAAACGGUGUAAAAAGUUAGCAGACCCUACCAUGGGGAGAACUGCAAUGUUCAGUCACUGCACAUGGGCCUGUCUGCUGUUAUUACAUGUGCUCUCUGGAAAAAGUCAUGGACAGACACCCAAUCUUGAAGGGGUAAAGGACAACACCACAGUGUUUACAAGGAUCCUGGAUAGUCUUUUGGAUGGAUAUGACAACCGCCUGAGACCAGGGCUUGGAGAGCGCAUAACUGAAGUGAAGACUGACAUCUUUGUCACUAGUAUUGGUCCUGUCUCAGACCAUGAUAUGGAAUACACAAUUGAUGUCUUCUUUCGCCAAAGCUGGAGAGAUGAGAGAUUAAAAUUCAAGGGUCCGAUGACAGUUCUCCGUCUAAACAACCUUAUGGCCAGCAAAAUCUGGACGCCAGAUACAUUUUUUCACAAUGGGAAAAAAUCUGUGGCUCAUAACAUGACAAUGCCUAAUAAACUGCUGCGUAUCACAGAGGACGGAACUCUUCUGUACACAAUGCGAUUGACUGUGAGGGCAGAAUGCCCGAUGCAUUUGGAAGACUUCCCUAUGGAUGCUCAUGCCUGUCCUUUGAAGUUUGGCAGCUAUGCCUACACUCGUGCAGAGGUUGUAUACAUAUGGACACGAGGUGCAGCACAGUCGGUAGUUGUAGCUGACGAUGGUUCACGACUUAACCAGUAUGACUUGCUGGGGCAAACUGUCGACUCUGGGAUUGUCCAGUCCAGCACAGGAGAGUAUGUUGUCAUGACUACACACUUUCAUUUAAAGAGGAAGAUUGGUUACUUCGUCAUUCAGACCUAUUUACCUUGUAUAAUGACAGUGAUUCUAUCCCAAGUCUCAUUUUGGCUCAACAGAGAAUCUGUUCCUGCAAGAACUGUAUUUGGAGUAACCACUGUGUUGACCAUGACCACACUGAGUAUCAGCGCUAGGAACUCUCUUCCCAAGGUUGCUUAUGCCACAGCCAUGGACUGGUUCAUUGCAGUCUGCUAUGCGUUUGUGUUCUCUGCUCUAAUUGAGUUUGCUACAGUGAAUUAUUUCACAAAGAGAGGCUAUGCCUGGGAUGGCAAAAGUGUUGUGCCUGAAAAGCCAAAGAAGAAAAAAGAAUCUCUCAUCAAGAAAAACAACACGUACACAGCAAGUGCAUCUAACUAUGCUCCAAACAUUGCCAGAGACCCUGGUUUGGCAACCAUUGCAAAAAGUGCUGCUCCCACUGACUCUAAAGAAGGAGAACCAAAACCCAAGCCUCCAGAAGCCAAGAAAACCUUUAACAGUGUGAGCAAAAUUGACCGGAUGUCCAGAAUAUGCUUCCCUCUGCUCUUUGGAACCUUUAAUUUAGUCUACUGGGCAACCUAUUUAAAUAGGGAGCCAGCAAUCAAAGGGUUAUUUCAACCCCACUAAUUUCAUCAGGUUUUUUUUUUUUUUUUUAAAUGUUCAUUUGGAGCAAAGGUGUGUAAACUUUUUUGAGAUGUCUAGUUCCCAGUUACUACAUUGCUUCUAUGUUAUACACAAAUUUAAGAUUUUUACCUCCAAAUUUAAAAAGAGAGUCUAAUCGUAGGUUCUUGGCAAUGUGGUUAAAAUCAGUUGGGACUCGUUAGGAUGGGUGUGCUACUACUAAUUAUGCUACAAUAAUAUAUACGCAAGAGAAUGCUAAUCUACAUAUGCACAUAGCCUAACAAAUGUUUGUUUGUUUUUGUUUAUUUUCUUAUGUAUGUAUUUAUUUAUUUAAUGCAUUAGACCAUUAACUCUUAAGUACAUUUAUGUAAAAAUUGUUAUGUAACAAAUAUUUGCAUGGACUUUUUUAUUUUUUUUUUUCUUGUUUUGGUUUGGAUCACUAAAUGCUACCUUGAAAAUAAGUCAGAUACUCUACCAUUACAUUUUACAGGUGGUUUCAGUUUUCUUUACUUGUAAUACAUAAUCAAGAUAGGGUUUCUGCAAUAGCAAUAAAUACAUUCUGUCUCAGCGGAUACAUUUUACUUCCAUACAUGGUUGUAUUACAAAACUUUGAUUAUAGAAUACUUCAUAAAGCAUAAUGUUUAUAGUAUUUUAUUGUAAAUAGUAUCCAGUGUUAUUGAUGUUAAUGUUAAGUUUAGGCUUUGCAAACACUGUAAUUAAGAAGUAUAACUUAACCCAAGAAAGAAGAAGAAGAAGAAAAAUAUAUUAUUUUAUAUUGAAGUACUGUGUAUGAAAUAUGACAUUGAAGGUCAGACAGUUAUGUAAAGAGGGAGUAUUUAUUGGUUUGCUUCCAAGCGGAAGUGUUCCUCUAAAUGCUACCUUAUAAAAGUUACCAAUGAUGAUUUAAAAAAAAAAAAAAAAAACACGUAUACAGUAUAUAUAAAUAUAUUUUGAAAAUGGCGGAAUGGUGAGUAAGAAUGUAAAUGUAAUAUUUAAUGUCGGAAUGCAUUUUAUAUUUAGAAUUAAAUCACUCUUAUUCUUUACAUUGGGUUUCACUUUCUAUGAGAUCUUCCAAAAAGCAAAAGCGACCCUACACAUUUUGCCAAUGAAGUGCUGUUAAUUAUUGCAUAGGCCUAUCACAACACACAUUUCCAGUGAUUGAAGAGCAGAGCUUUUUUACAGUUCCAGGGUACUAAGGAAUCGAUGCACUAUUUAAGGCAAGACUUCCAGAUUCACUUCCACUUGAUAGUUUACCCUUGCCUUCCACUGUUUGGUCCUGUCAUAUAGCAUACCAGCUACACUGCCUUCAAUUUGCGAUGCCAUUGUAAGGCUAAAGCAUGAUUCACACAGGACAAAAAAUCCGGUGUCCUCAGAGUUGGUCAAAAGCAGAGGAUAUCUAGUAACCUUCCAAACGUGGAUUAUUUUUAUCAAUAGAAAUCGGUAAUUUCAAAAUGAAAUGUGAUACUGUGGCCAGAGAAGGCACUGGAACCAGGUGUAAAUAACUAAUUUUAUUGUAACUUCUAUCCCAAAGGGUAGAAUAAGCAUUUCAUCCCUUGUGUGAUAUGUAUUUACAUACAUACCUUCAAAUACACUGUUCAAAGCAUCCAUUUUUUAAGACUUGCCAAUUAUGGUUUGUGUUUUCCACCCAUCGCCAAUUUGAUUAUGUCCAAUUGUUGCGUUUUACUGAAUUGUAGAAUUUUGGGACAGAUGGUACCAAUUUUAAUAUUAUAUUAUUAUUAUUUAUUGUCAAGUCUGGUGUUGCUCUGAGGCAAAUACCCCAGAAAUGCUGCAUAACAUAACAGUGACUGGGUCGAUUUGCACAGGAGUAAAAAGACACAAGAAGUUUGAAAUUGUACAGAAGGUCCCGAUGUCCUGUAAAAAAAAUUAUGUGGGAUAUAAAGAAAUGGACAGUUCGCACAGGAUUAGAUUUCACCAAUGUCAGUAAAAAUUCUGAAACCAAAUGUUUAUUUGGUGAUUGUUAGUCCUGUGUGAAUCGGGCUAAAGACAGCAUAUUUUUGGUAAAUUACUUAUCUGUUGCCUCUUGGCAAUAGAUGCCACCCAGAAAAAAACUACAAAAAAACCCAAAACUAAACCAGUAGGGUUGCACUGCAUCCAUCACACGAUGAUUUAUUCUCUUUUUACUUAGCAUACCGUCAGUCCAUUUUCAGAAAACAUCAAUAUAAACCGAAAGAGAGAGUAUUCAAAAAACUUAAAGAAAAAAAGAUUCAGCUGAUUUCUUUAUUGCAUUUCCUUUUCAAAUGAUGUUAAUGUAGCACUAUCUAAAUGGUAAGGGCUUUCUGCAGCUUCAUGUUGACCACAAAGAAUGACAGCUUUGUAUACAAUUUGACAUGUACAUUAUUCAAAUCCAAGGAUUAAGCAAAUGUCCUUGGUCUUAAAACUUUAGAAAUAUGCUGAUGAGAGUUUCAGCAACUAUAAUCCACAUGUUUAUGUAUUAGAACUGGUUACAUCCUGUCGAAGCAGCACUAGAAUGGACCCAUGUCACAUGAUUUGGUCCUGCCAAUCUGAAGUAAGAAGUAAUCAGCCUAGAAGUUGUCAAGGUGACGCAUCAUUUUGCCGUAUGGACAAGUACUUGUUUUUCAGAUGUCUUAUGCAAAUUUACAGUAAUAGAGUCCAUAAAAAGCUGCACUAGGGAUGUAGACCCUUGAAAUAUGAUGUAUAAAUAUAAAUGUAUAGAUAUUUAAAUUCUAACCUAUUGUAUGAACAUUUAUUAUCAUGCGUAAAUAUAAAUAAAAAAACAUUUAAAUUAAAGAUUGUUUGUAUCAACCUAUUUGGUACAUUUUGCACAUUAGCUUCAUAAUUUAAAUAAAAGUAGUUUGGUUUGUGCUAUGCAAGAACCGCUUUCAACCACUUUUUCUGUUCUUUUCUUAAUCAUUAUGUUUUAAUGAACCAGAAAUUGUAGACUGUGUAUCCUAGUUAGCUUCUAUACAUUGUUUUGCUAUGGAUUUAUUAGCAUUAAAUAGUAUUCCUUCAGCUACGAUAUAUUUCAAUAGAGAAGUUGCUGUUACUCUUGGGUUCAUUGGGAAAUGACAAUGGAUGUUAAUUGCACAGUUAUGCAGAGACAUGGCAAUAAAAGUAAAAUAAAUAAAUAAAUAAAUAAAAGGAGCAAUUGCUUACGACAUUUAUUGCAUUAGAGAGUUUAGAUAUAGCUAGAAAUGUCAAUUAUUUUAUUUCGAAGCAGCCAGAUUGCUUAGGCACAAGUGUUAUCAGCGAACCUGCAUAUUGUUGACUUGCCAGCCUAUGUAUAUAUCUGCUGUUCAUGACCAGCAUAAAUUUGGUACAAUUGACAGCCGCUAUUCUUUUUGGUAACAACUGAUUCAUCUUUUAUUGUGCUUGAUUACUCUAAUACGUCUGUAUGUUAGCGUUCAUGCUUCACUCCAGAGUUUUGCCCUUUUUUAUGUAACAUUCAAGGCUAUUUCCAGAACUCCAGUAUAUUAUAUUAUCAGUUUCAGUAUUUUGCACAUUCUGUAAUUAUUUUAUGCACCCUGUGGGAGCGGGGGCUUUUUGCAUUAGACUCAAAGUAAUGUUAAAAUUUGAACAAUGUUUAAUAAAUUCUCCAAAUAUAA